AUGGCCAACUUCCGUAGGUUCAGGCCCGACGACCUGAACAAGCUCUCAAAAUGCAACCUCGAUCCAUUUACGGAAACGUAUGAGCUCGGCUUCUACCUGCAGUACUACGCGAAAUGGCCCUCACUCUUCCAGGUCGCCGAGGACCAGCACGGCAACAUCAUCGGUUAUAUCAUGGGGAAGCUUGAAUCCUCGCCCGAGAUUUAUCAGUUCUCAGAGCACUACCUUCCUUGGCACGCCCACAUCACUGCCGUCACCGUCGCUCCGGAGGCUCGCCGUCUCGGCAUUGGGAAGCUGCUGACGGAGCAGCUCGAAGUGGCUGCCGAUGCCAACGAUGCCUGGUUCGUCGACCUGUUUGUGCGCGUCAGCAAUCACAAGGCGAUCACUUUCUACAAGAACAUGGGCUACAGCGUCUUUCGGGUGGUCAAGGACUAUUACGGCGAACACUCAACCGACCCGAACCUGUCUAGUGAGGACGCCUUACGACAUGCGCAAGCCCAUGAAGAGGGACGUAAAGCGGCAACAUGUGAGGGACGACGGCGAGAAGCACGAGGUGGACCCCAGCGAUGUGUGGUGAGAGCUGCCCUGGUUCGUCGCCCAAGCUGCCAUUGA